AUGUGUCAACUGGAGCUCAACUACUUUUUUGACGGUGAAACACUUUUCGCUGACACCCUUUGCCUAUCGGACAACUAUCCGGACGGUACUAUUCAAACUUCUACGUUAGGUGCAUUAUAUAACAACGGUUUGAUCGCUGUACAGUAUCUGUUACCGCUCAUGAUACUCACGUGUUCUUAUUAUCGUGUGGGCGUUGAGUUACGAAAAAAUCAAGGCGUAGGCGAUUCAAGACAUGCGAAAUCGAUUGCUGCAAAGAAAAAGGCUGCCUUCAUGUUAGCUCUAGUUGUGUUCAUUUUCAUGGUGGUUUGGCUCCCUUAUAAUGCUUAUUUUCUACUCAGCAGUUUAUUACCUCUUCCAGAAGAUAAAAAGACCGGAAUGUACAUCUAUAUUAACAUCUAUUGGUUAGGAAUGUCAUCCACUGUUUUCAAUCCAAUAAUUUACUAUUUUAUGAAUAGAAGGUUCCGAGUAGGAUUUCGUCACGUAUUUCGAUGGUUACCUGGCCUAAAAGACAAUCGAGAGGAGUAUUUAUCGGUUUUUUCCACUAAUGGACGGCCACAUUUACCCACACAAAGUGUUAUGACGGAAUUGUGA